AUGGCGGCCGUUGAUUUGUCUGAUCAUGACAUAGAGCAACUCUUGAGCUCUGCCGAGCUCUCACUGGCCAGCAAGCCGGCUGACCAGACUGUUGCCGUCAACGGCAAGCAGCAGACUCACGCUCGCCCCCGAAGCACCAUCACCUCCGCGGCGUUGGUUGGCAAGGCCGGCAAGGAGACUGACAGAAAGCCUGAGCUGGCGCCUCGGGUACCCCAGUUGAAGUCCGACAAGAAGUCUCUGCCGGACAACGCUGGCGCCGCUUGGCACUACAUGCCGCGCACUGAUGUUUCCGACCCCAAGGUGAAGCGUGAAUUUCAGUUGUUAAGGAUGAGGGGCGUCGUCGACAGAAAACGGUUUUUCAAGAAGGAUUCCCGAAAGGAUUUUAUCCCCACGUUUUCGCAGGUCGGAACCUUGGUCGAAGGACCGCUGGAGCACCACAAUGGACGACUGACAAGGAAGGAGAGGAAGCGCACCCUCGUUGAGGAGGUUCUGGCCACUGGAGAGUCGGAUGGCAAGUUCAAGGACAGAUACCAGAAGAUUCAGGAAAAGAAGAUGAGUGGCAAGAAGGGCCAUUACAAGAGGCUGAUGGCAGCCAGGAGGAAGAAAGGCUGA